AUGGAGAAUCAGGAAGUAAGCAACCCACGCGAAGUACCACCACCAGUCCAAAUAGAGGAUCAAUUUGAUGAAGUGGCGCCAAGGCCAGCAAACAGAAUCCUAAGGGAUUAUGCUAGACCUGACCGCUUCAACUAUGAAUCUAGUGUCAGAAAAUCUCCAGUGGCAGCCAACAACUUUAAAAUCAGGACUGGCCUGAUUCAAACAAUUCAACAGUCUUGCAUCUUCACUGGAGACGCAAGAGAUGCCAAGACUUGGUUGCGAAGUUUGCCACAAGGUUCCAUUACCACAUGGGAUCAAAUGACUCAGAAAUUUUUAAACAAAUAUUUUUCCCCUGCUAAAACCACAAAGUUAAGACAAGAUAUAUCUAAUUUCUUGCAGACUGACACAGAGUCAGUUUAUCAAGCUUGGGAAAUGUUAAAAGCAAUGUUAAGAAAAUGUCCACACCACGAUAUUCUUGAACAUAUACUAUUGUAUAUUUUUUAUCACGGGCUAAAACCCUCUUCUAGAAAUGUGAUAGAUGCAGCUGCAGGAGGUUCAGUAAUGGGAAAAACAACAGAGGAAGCAUUGCAAUUGUUGAAUGAAAUUUCUGAGAAUGUCAUCCAAUGGCCAUCUGAGUGUAUAAUUAUCAAGAAGGCCGCUACAGUAAAUCAGGUUGAUGCUUUAAAUACACUAACACAUCAAAUUGUUUCUUUAUCACAAAAGUUUGAAACUUUUCAGGUGAAUACACAACAACCAAGUCAAUUUGAGGCUUGUGACAUGUGUGGAGGAAAUCAUCAGAACCAUGAAUGUCAAGCAACCAAUCACAAUGAUGAACAUGUCAAUGUCAUAGGUUACAAGCAGUAUCCUUUUGGAAGUCCAAUGGCACAGAAACAUCCAAGAUUUCAAUGGAGCAAUCCAAAUGGUGCAGAGAACUCUCAAAGCUUCCAGAAGCAACAAAUACAGGGUCCACCCGGAUACCAGAAUCCAAACCAUGGUCAAUCAAACUUUAGACCUUAUCAACAAGCAGGGCCCUAUCAGCAAAGGCCUCAACAAGCUCAUUCAAGUCUUGAUGAUCUUCUGUAUAAGUAUAUUAAGGUCACUGAUGAAAAGAUGGAGAGCCAAAAUUCAUCCCUCAAAAAUCUGGAAAUACAGUUGAGCCAAUUGGCAGCUCUUGUUUCAGAAAAGAUUCAAGGUCCCUUACCAAGCAAUACAGAGAAAAACCCAAAAGAGCACCUUAAGGUCAUCACCUUACGGUCAGGUAAGGAGCUUGAUGAACCCUAUGCAGACCAGUCAGAACAACCGGUAAACAACAAUGAAUUCAAAGAUGAUCAAUUAAUUCCAGAUUCAAUGGAAAGAUGCUUGAUCAAAUCAGGCACCACACAGGACGAUGAUCCCAUCAUUAGAAGAGAAGCUCAAAAAUUGGACAAAGAUUCAGAAGAAGAAGAGAUGAAAUCCGAAAAAAACAAGAAAAUAGUUUGA